CAAUAACGAUACCUACUACGAGACUCAUCUAGAUGCCAUUACAAUUAAUAAUGCUGCAUCACGAGUCCUUGUAUCCGUAAACAAAGACGCACAGUAUUCCGUACCUAUCUUAGGUACACGUACAGGGAAUGUGCCUGCUAACCCUGGCGGCAUUGAAAUGAAGUACCUAUGUAUACAUACCUCGGUUUCUCAGCCGCUUACUUCAAAUUCGCCAUGUCAUUACGUACAUAUUGAUACAUAUCUUAUGUACACCCCGCCAAAAUCCAACCGGUUCCUACAUAUGUCAGCGCCAUUCUUUUGCUUCUUUCCGCUGCAUGUUUUUGCAUACUCUAAACUAGAGUGAGACUUGAAUUGAUUUAUAUAAAGGCAUGCCAGGCCCCAAUUCGUCUUCCGUGGGAAAUCCACGUGGUGUACCAGAUCCCCAAACGCACGAGGAUACGACAAAUCUCCCGUCUUUCUAUUCCCCGCGGUCGCGGCCGCUUCGGGAAGACGAAGGUAGCGCUGUCGCACCUAGGUUAGACCGGGAUGAGCUAUCCCUCUCCUUUCUAGUUCCUUCAUCUACCUCAAAUCCAGCUUCGACGCAGACCGACGAUGCAAGCCGGCCGCCGCCCUCACUCCUCUCUCCCGCCUUUACACCUCCUGUUACCCCAGGUAAUGCGACGCCUACAUCCCUAGCCGAACAACAGCCUCCCGGCGUUCCCGUUGAUUCUUCUAUCCCAUCUGGUGGUUGCGGUAGUAAGCGACCAAGGCUUCUCGAGACGCUACCCGAAGUUCAAUGCAUCGUGCGCGCUCGUAUUCCGACAGUAUCCGGAACCGAAAUGUUCUUACAUCUAUACACUAAUAAUAUCGACAACAAGGAACAUCUUGCGAUAGUGUUUGGUCCACAUAUCCGAAGCAGGUCCUUGGAUGCGCCGAGGGAUGGAGAGACGGAGAUGGACCGUAUGGUGAGGGGCGCAUACACCGGUCGCCUUUACCCAGGAAGGACGAAAAGCGGCAUGGCAAGUGGCUCGUCUUCUACUGACAAUAACCCGACAGAGGAAGUUUCACACCCUAAUGGACCUCCUCUUGUUCGGAUACAUUCAGAAUGUUAUACUGGCGAGACGGCGUGGUCUGCACGGUGCGACUGCGGCGAACAGCUAGACGAGGCGGCGCGACUUAUGUCGCUACCUACCGCUGUCAACGGGGGUAUCGUCAUCUAUCUACGGCAAGAAGGGCGCGGUAUUGGCCUUGGCGAGAAGUUAAAGGCGUAUAACUUGCAAGACUUAGGGUCCGAUACGGUGGAGGCAAAUCUGCUGUUACGGCAUCCAGCAGAUGCGCGGAGCUACGGGUUGGCAACAGCCAUGCUCCUUGAUCUGGGGCAGAAGGAGAUUCGGUUGCUGACUAACAACCCGGACAAGAUUAGAGCCGUCGAAGGACCGAAUAGGGAAGUCAGAGUAACGGAGCGCGUCGCAAUGGUGCCGCUAAGCUGGAAGGGUAAGGGGGGAUUUAGGAGUCGAGAAGUAGAAGGCUAUCUAAAAACAAAGAUCGAGAAGAUGGGGCAUAUGCUGGAUAUGGGUACCCUACCGCCUUGAUGCGCACAUACGCCAUUAUGUGCUUAUCCUAAAUACGCUCGGCAGCCUUGUAUUUUCAAAAAUCAUAGAACGACAUUGUAGAUUUUUGGGUUUACGUGACAUAUGAAGAGGAGUAAGAUUAUAAGGAGUAAAUUUGCAACGCUUACGUUGAUGCCCUAUGAAUGUGCUAGAUGCGCUUCGUUUAUAUGGAAUAUCAAUAGCUUCACCAGACGUACAUAUGUAGGUACAUUACGUACCUAGGUACCUAAGGUUGUACAUAAGUGAACCGUUAUCAAAAUCUAU